AUGAUUUUUCAAGUGCAGCCAUUUGUCACAUCAUGUGAUCCAGUUUUUUUUAGUAAUUGGAGUGAUAAAAAGUUAAAUGAAUGGAAACUUAAUGAAAGUCCUAUUAAAAUUACUGGUACAUUUUCAAAUGCUGGUCAAAGACGUAUUGAACCAGAGUUAAGAUUUUCAGAGAGUAGUUAUAUUGAUCAUGAACCUAGAAGUUUUAAAGAAUGUGUUAUUGAGGGAAUUAUGUAUCCAUUAAAUAAAAUUGAAGAUUUAAUGUCUUUCAACAAAAAAGGUGCUUUAGAAAAGGUUGCUGAAGAGUUAUACUUAAAGAUAGUUGAAUCAUGGGACUGGAUGAAUAAUCCAAAAUCAAUACUUAAUUUUAUUUUAUUAACAUAUGGUGACUUGAAAUCACAUGAAUAUUAUUAUGUUUCUUGUAUUCCUUCAUUUGUUUUUCUUAAAAAUCUUCAAAUUGUUGGAGAAAUUAAAACAGUAGAUAAUUUACCAUUUACAUUUAAAGAAGUUCCUAAAGAUUGGGCAUUUGUUCUUGAUUCAGGGGGUACAAUAUGUUCUUUAGAUAUUUUAAAAGAAUUAGAAAUUAAAGGUGAAUCAUUUGAUGAUAUAACAUUAAUAUAUAAAUGUCCUAGUACAAAAAUUAAUUUAUUUGGUUGGCCAUUAAGAAAUUUAUUAUGUGCUAUAGCAAUAACAAUUAAACCAUUAAAUAAGAUAAAAGUUUUAAGUUAUCGUUGUGGUAAUGUACCUUCAACAAUUGCUACAAUUAAAUGGGAUGAAAUGGAUUUUAGUAAUAAAAAAGAAUUAUUUAAAAAAGUUGUUGGUUGGGAAAAAAAAGGAGAUGGAAGUAUAAAUAUUCAUAAUGUUAAUUUAAGAAGACAAAUGGAUCCAUUAAGUAUAGCUGAACAGGCUAAUUCAUUAAAUGUAUCAUUAAUUAAAUGGAGACUUGUUCCAGAGUUAGAUGUUGAUAUUUUUACAAAAAAUAAAGUUCUCCUUCUUGGUAGUGGUACAUUAGGAUGUAAUAUUGCUAGAGGUUUAGUUGGUUGGGGUGUUAAACAUAUAACAUUUGUUGAUAAUGGUAAUGUAAGUUAUAGUAAUCCUGCCAGGCAAUCACUAUAUACAAUAGAUGAUGCUAUAGAAAGAAAAAAUAAAGCUAUUGCUGCAGCAAGUGCUUUAAAAAAAAUUAUUCCAAAUGCUAUUACUGAGGGUAUCAAUUUAAAUAUUCCAAUGCCUGGACAUAUUAUUGGUGAAUCACAGGUAGAAAAAUCUUUUGAAGAUUUUUCAAAACUUGAUGAGUUAAUUCAAAAUCAUGAUACAAUAUUUUUAUUACUUGAUAGUAAAGAAGCACGCUGGUUACCUACAUUAAUAUCUGCCGUAUAUAAUAAAUUAGUAAUAACAGUUGGUAUUGGUUUUGAUUCAUAUGUUAUAUUAAGACAUGGUUUAAAUUUUUCUCCAUAUACUGAUAAUUCUAUGAUAGAUAUAUUAACAGAAGUACCAUGUGAAAAGUUAGGAUGUUAUUUUUGUAAUGAUAUAACAUCACCUGGAAAUUCAAUAAAUGAUAGAACCUUAGAUAUGAAAUGUACAGUAACAAGGUCAGGUAAUUCAAUGAAUGCUGCUGGAAAUGCAGUUGAAUUAUUUGCAUCAUUACAACAACAUCCAUUAAAGGGUGGAGCACCUCAUAUAUCAAAGGAUGAUCAUAAAAAUGCAUCCCUUCUUGGUUCUGUUCCCCAUCAAUUACGUGGUAAUUUAUUUGGAUUUAGUCAAUCAAUAUGGUUUCAUCAAAGAAACAAAAAUUGUGUUGCUUGUGGUGAUAAUGUAAUAGAAAUGUACAAAAGUUGUGAUUUAAUAAAAGAGAAAUGGCAACACAUAAAAGAGAUCAUUAAUAAUCGUGAGAAAUUAGAAAUAUUGACCGGUCUUAGUUUAAUUCAAAAGAAUGCUGAGAAGAAUGAAGAAGAUGUCAUUAGUCUGGAGAGUGAAGAUGAUUUGUAG